AAAGUGGUUGGAUCAUCUUGUGGCUGUCUGAGUUUUGAAGAAAGGAUUCAUUUAAUCAUCGAAAAGUCUUUUCUUACGUCCUUUGCAAAGGAAAACAAAUCUACACCAAACAUGAAAAGUAAAGAGAUGAAAAAAAAGCUGACAGUGGUGAGUGAAUCUAUUGUGACCAAUGAGAAUAUGACAAGUAAGCCUUUAGUGAAGAGAUUAGGAUGCUCAUGA